AUGGGAAAGAGCAAAUGGAAGCAAAAAACGAUCAGUAGAGCGCUCACGCCAUCAGAGUCCGAGUCAUCCGGUACAACGACUGACACGAAACGUUUACGUCCUGACAACAACAAGCGACAAAAAACAUCGCAAAUGACUGGACAUGCUGAGUCCGAGGUGGACAUGGCUACAUUGAGCUUUGCUGACGCCUUAUCGGCUGGUCUGGCCUUUGAACAGCUUCAUUCGUACGAUGGGGCGGUGGAGGCCUUCCAGCGUGCAGUCGAGUGCCAGCCGAAUCAUUUGGAGGCGCUCACACACCUUGCAGAUAAUUAUGUUUCAGCUGGAGACCCGGACAAAGCUCUUCCAUUAUACAUCAAGGCCAGCAAGCUGAAAGGUGGCCAGGAGGAUGCAUCCAUCUGGUUUCGACUUGGCUUGACGUACGUUGCAGUUGAUCAGCUGCCGCAAGCAACAAAUGCCUAUCAAACAUCGAUGAGAAUCAAUGCUAUAGCGUUGGAAAAGGUCAAUGGUGCUGAUGAAAAUAGCAAAGAACUCAGGAAAGCGUACAGCAUUACACUUGCAGUACUUGCUGAAGCUUACGGAGAGCGUAGAGAUCUGGACUCGGCGGUAAAGGUGUUUGAAGAUGCGGUGGUCAAGUUGCCAGACUCUGCCAAUAUGCAGUACAACUUGGCCAAUAUGCGCAUGGCGAGAAGCAAAAGCAUGGCGGAUGAGGCGUUUGAUGCAGAGGUGGUGCAACGUUUAGAGCGGGCGAUUGAACUUGAUUCAGGCUCACGCGACUUUGUUGUCGAUCUGAUCGAGUACUUGGAGCAGCACAAGCAGCGGCCAGAUCGGCUUUGUGAAUUGAAACGGAAAGCUGCGGAACUAGAAUCUGCCACGACCACGGCGACGAGCGAUAUAGCCGAAGGUAAGGAUGAAGGGAGUGCUACGAGUGAGGAGGAAGAAGAUAGCGAAGAUGAAGAGUGA